GUUGGGGUUGGGGGCCAAAGUUCAGGUGGAAAACAAUGGCUGAAGAUCCCCGCAAAGGAUGCUGGAGAUUUGGGAAGAUUAAGCAUCGUGAAAACCAACCUCAGACGAUGAAGAAAUCCGUCAUUCCCCUGGAGACACAUCAUGGUCCUAGAGAGGAUUCAAACGCAGCCGCGAAGGGGGCAGCUGGGGAGGAGCAUGGAAUGCCACCCUUGGAGACCCCUUUCCAGCCGGAAGCCCCUCCCUCACCCCGGAUUCGGUUGGAUCUGGAUUAUUGGCGAGGACUUAACAGACCGCGUGAUCCAAAUUCCUUCGACAGGGACCGUAUUUUUCAAGCCGUGGUUGCGGGAAAUCCUGAACUGCUUAAUGGCCUGGGCGAUUAUCUGUGGAAAAAGUCCAGCCAUCUCACUGACUCUAUUUUUAGAGAUGGGAAGACAGGCAAGACCUGUUUGAUGAAGGCCUUGCUCUAUUUGAAAGACGGGAAGAACCCCACCAUCCCUGAGCUCUUGAAGAUAGACAAGGAGACCCAGAACCCCAAGUCUUUGGUCAACGCCGCUUGCACUGGCAGCUACUACAAAGGCCAAACAGCUCUCCACAUCGCCAUCGAGAAGAGGAGCUUAGAUUUUGUGAAGCUCCUGGUGGAGAACGAGGCUGAUGUCCACAUGAAGGCUUCUGGUUUUUUGUUCCAGCAGGACUACAAAGACCUUCACUUUUAUUUCGGUGAACUUCCUCUGUCCUUGGCUGCUUGUACCAACCAGCCAGAGAUGGUCAUGUACCUCCUGGAUAACCCUCACCAGAAGGCCAGGCUGACCGAACAGGAUUCCAUGGGCAACACUGUCCUCCAUGCGCUGGUGAUGGUGGCCAAGGAUACGAAGAAGAACACCAGACUCGUGGUCAACAUGUACAACAUGAUCUUGAUGAAAGGGGUCGAGAUUGACCGUUCCUGCAAAUUGGAAGCGAUUAAAAACAAGAAACAGCUGACUCCUUUAACGCUGGCCGUCAAGACUGGGAAAGUCAAGAUGCUCAAGUACAUGCUCACACGAAAGAUGAAGGAUCCCAAUCUUUCGCGCAAGUUCAUCGAGUGGACAUAUGGCCCCCUCCAGACCUCCGUCUACGACAUGACCUCCAUUGACAGCCGUGAGGAAAACUCGGCGCUGGAGGUCCUGGCCUACAACAGUGACAUUCCAAACCGGACCAAAAUCGUGGGCCUGGAGCCUCUGAACAAACUACUUCAGCACAAGUGGGAAUCCUUCAUUAAAAAAAGGUUUUACUUCAGUUUAUUCCUCCAUCUGACUUUCAUGGUGAUCUUCACAGCCACUGCUUACCACUGGCCACCAAAGGAUGAGCCUCUUGUUCCAACAACAGUGACAUUCUGGAACUUAUUAAGACUUCUUGGAGCUGUGAUCGUUUUAAUUGGUGGCAUUUAUCUCUUCAUUGCUCAGAUUGUUCAGUUCUGGAGAAGACGGCGCUCUCUGAAAAGCCUUGCAAUGGACAGCUGCUUCGACAUAUUCCUGUUUCUGCAGGCAAUCAACAUCCUGGCCUCCUCCAUGAUGUUUUUUGCAAACAAGGCAAACUACGUGGUGCCCAUGGUAUUCGCCUUGCUUUUGGGCUGGGUGAAUCUGCUCUACUACACCCGGGGUUUCCAGCAGAUAGGAAUCUCCAUCGUGAUGAUCCAGGAGGCCGUCUUGAGGGAUCUUUUCCAUUUCCUGAUCGCUUAUUUUGUCCUCCUCUUUGGCUUUGCAACAGCUCUCGUCGUUCUCACCGGGGGCACGUCCCACUCCGCCCGCAACGCGUCUCUCCCGCUUAGCGACGACUUGAAAGACCAGGCCGUGUAUUCGGGGCUAUUUCAGACUACUCUGCUGCUCUUCAAGUUCACCAUCGGCAUGGGGGACCUGGAGUACCACGAGAACUUGAAGCACAGCUAUGCUACGAUGCUGAUGGUCCUCCUUUUUGUCAUCGUGACCUACAUCCUCUUGCUCAACAUGCUGAUUGCCCUGAUGAGUAACACCGUCACCAAUGUCUCCGAACGCAGCCAGAGCAUCUGGCAGUUGCAAAGAGCCAUCACUAUUCUGGAGAUGGAGAAAAAAUGGAUCUGGUGCUGGAAAAAGAACCAGAGAGACACCCGUUUCCUCCUCAUCAGCUUUGAGGACAACGAAGACAAGAGGUGGUUUUUUCGAAUAGAAGAGGUACAAUGCGGAGAUUUGACAAAGAAAUCCAUCCUCAGGGAAGAACCCAUGGAAACCAAGACUCUGGAGGACUCAUUAGCCGUGUCCCGCAUCUCUUCCUCGGGGGAAGAGGAGGAAAAAAAGGAUGAGAGGGUGCCGCUGAAGGACUCGGGAGCGCAGGAGGAGAGCAGUCACCCUGCGGGAAGGCUGAGCGAACAGACUCCCUUAAUGACGGAAGAAUGUCAGGUGCAAGUCAGUUAAAGGAGCACAGAAGUUCCCUGGGAAUGCGUGCCACAAGAAGUUGUGGGUACUCCUGUCACUGGAGGUUUUUAAGAUGUUGGAUAACCAUUUGUCUGAAGUGCCAAAGUAUAAAUAAUUGAUGAAGUAAUUGAAUGGUAAAUAAUAAACAACAUUUAAGUAAAUAUGAAGAAAUGAACUGUUAUCUUGAAAGAAUGAACGAAGGGUACUGUAACAAAUGGAACAUUUUUAAUUAUAUAUUUGGAACUUAACUAAACGAGAAAAGAAAGUUGAAACGAUAUUGGAUGAUGAAUUACUUAAGAUAUAUUUAAUUGGUCUUGAUAAAAAUGUCGAAAUGUACUAUUUGGAAUAAUUAGUAAAGAAAAAAAACUACCUGAGAUUGGAAUUAAGGGAAUUCAAGAAAAUAAUUGGGAAUUGCAUUAUGUUAUAUGAAUUUAAAUAUAGGGGUAUUAAGUAAGAUUGAUAGUAAGGAAGUAAGGAAGAUAGGAAGUAAGAUUGAUAUUUGAUUUUUUUCCCCUUUAUUGAAUAUGUUUAACUGUUGAAAUGCAUUAUUUGGAAUAGUCGAUAAAAAGAAUUAUUGGUGAGUAGAAUAAGAGAAUUUAAGGAAAUGAUUGGGGAUUGUAUUACGUUCUGUGAAUUUAAAUUUAGGGGCUCAAAUUUUAAGGAGGGAAAAGAAAAAAGGAAUUAUACUAGCAUGAGACGUUAAGAUGAAGGGUAAUAUUGGUUUUUUUAAAAUUUAAGAGAAAAUAAGAUACGAGAAAAACUGAAUAUAUAAAAUUGUGUCAAAGAGGAACAAAAAUCUGUAUACAAAUUUAAAACCGGGCCAAUAUUCUGUUCAGAAAAGAUGCAUUGUGUGUUUGUGUGUUUUAAAAAAUAAAAAAAAAUUACAAAAAAAAAAAAAC